AAACUAUUUUUUUUAGCUAGCACUUACUAUAUUAGUUUACUGAUGAAGUUUUUAUGAAGAAAACUGUUUGUCAUGAUACGGGGACAUUGACGGUUAGCUAACAUUGGAACUACAUACUGAUGGGAAGUGUGUCAGUCCGGACACGAUUCUUGGGUGCACUGCUGCUAAGCUCAAGGUCUCCCGUUACAAUAAAUUACUCGUUGACUAUUGAAGCCAAACUGACAGUUUCUUAAAUGGAGUUACAUGUAUUGUAUUUCGAAAUGAAACCAACACAUGCCCAGUUAAUUAAUGUUUUCAAUCCAUACGUUUUUUAAGAGACUAAUCCAGGAAAAGAAGUCGGCGAAAUAUCCAUCCGUCACCUUUUGAUACACGACUACAUGAACAGUCCAUAUCCCGACUGAAAUGUCUCUGCCAAAGAUGACACGCCUCCCCUCUGUGAGGCUGCUGAGCUCCAUCCACCAGCACCACCAGAUGUUGUUUCCCUCCAUCACUCCUCUCCCUGCGCCCAGAAGAGCUGUGAGUCAGGGAGAAUACAGACGACCCGGCAAACCCAAAGAGGACAAGUUUCCAUGGCAACCGAUUAACUUUGGCUUCACGAAGGGUGUGGAGGGGAUAAAGAAGCACUUCACGCUGCUGAAGAAGGAGUUUUCUGAGCGCUGGGUUGGUCCAGAGGGGAAACCCAUCCUUGAGCACAUGCUGGAGCAGAACCGAGUGAUGUGGGAGUUCAGGGGCCCGGAGAGCCUGGACCAGUGGACGGUGUCCUCAGAUCACGAGAUUGGAGGCCAAAGUGAAGCUUACUUGAAGCUGGGGAAAAACAAUAAUACUUGUUUUCUGUACGGGACUCUGAGCUCGACUCCUCCAAAGGAUGGAGAAACACGCUACAGUGGAUACUGCACCAUGCGCUCCAAGCGACCACAGGCUUCAUUCGAUAGAAAAAAGCACCAUGAUUGGUCCAGUUUCAACACCCUGCAUUUGCGAGUACGCGGUGAUGGACGUCCGUGGAUGAUCAACAUUGGCGCAGAAACAUAUUUCUCUCACCAGAAGGAUGACAUGUACAAUUAUUUCCUGUAUACCAGGGGAGGACCCUACUGGCAAGACGUCCAGAUUCCUUUCUCCAAGUUUUUCCUCACAAAUCGCGGCAGGGUACAAGAUGACCAGCAUCCUCUCUGGCUGGACAAGGUUAACACCAUUGGAUUUACCUUGGGGGAUAAAGCAGACGGUCCAUUCCAACUGGAGAUCGAUUUUAUUGCCGUCUCUAAAGAUUACGCUCACACCGAGGAGUUUGCCUACGAGUUGUACAAGAAAAAUCCUAACGUUUAAUAAGAGCAAUUGCAGAUAAACUGCGGUUCAAUAAUGGCCAGGUUAUACAGAAACUACCAAUAAACAAGUCUAUUAAUUGCAUACGAUCCAUCAUUCCUGGUAAUGCUUUUUUUUAAACACUGGAUUCAAGCACAUGGACUGGGAUAAAAACUUGGAGGAUAUAUAGAUUAAACCCAAUUGUAACAGGUAGCAUUUAGAAUCAUUUAAUUACAGGACAUGAAUUGAGACUUGCUGCUUUAAAAAAAAUAAUAAUUAAAAAUCAA